UGUGGAUUAUUAUUUUCUUUCACCCAUUCCACUAGACAGCAGAUAUAAAAUUAUAAACAAAAACAAGUUCCCUCAUUGAGAAAAUGCUAAUUUCUUGUGAGGGAAACCCUUUCUCUUUUCCCCUCUACUAUGUUUUGUGAACUGUUGUCAGCGCUUAUGACAUCAGUUGAUGCAGGUUGAUAGAUACAGGCCCGCCGAUGGACAUGCGCACUUCCGGGUUAUUAUUGGGGGCCACUUCAUGCAACAAUUGAGGAAAGAGGAAAGGGGAAAGGGAUUUGGAGAAACUGAACCGAAAAGGCCGAUCUCUGAACACUGGGUAUAUAACAUCUCUAGCUAUAUCAUGCAGCCUUCACUAUCAUCAACCUUGGAAUCUCGAAUCUCCCCGUUUCGCCUUGCCCUUUGGCAGCUACAGCUACCAUACUGGCUCACUUCCAUCAUGCUGUACUGCCACUCCGGCAUCGAGCGGGUACAUAGCAUAGAGAAAUAUACAGUAUGUAUGUACAGUACAUACGUACAUUCCAUACGUGCAGACGGACGGAGAGGAAUGAAUGAUCGAUUGAUCAUGCAACAAAACUGGUUCAGCUUAUCAAUUGCCAUCGUCUCAACUAUUUCUGCAUACAUUUACUGCGGCGCUUGCCAGGCAGCAGGAAGAAGUCGGGUUUUAAAUCUAACCUGUAGUUCCUACACAAGCAACAUUAUUCUCUCGUUUCUCUAUCCCUCUCUCUCUCUCCCUCCCUAUCCUAGCUGGUCCUAUUGAGGCCAGUUGAGAGAGGGAGUAUGCACUUUCUGGGCCAAUGCCAUCUACGACAUUGGCCAUACCACGCCGAUAUACAAAAAAGGACGUUGUGAGGAAACAUCCAUUUCAGCGGGGAGCUCAGCUGGAAGCAGGCUAGAUGGGAUAUGACACACUUGUCCAUAUAUUUACUUGGGAGGAAAGGGAUUGGGGGGGUGAGCGGGGCGAGAAAAG